UUUGGGGUGUUUGUCUGUGAAAUGGCUUCCCCGAUUUUAAUUUAUUCCUUACAUUUAUUCCUUACCAUGAGGUCAACAUCGAAAGAUGCCGCCAGAAGCCCGCAGAGGCGUCGACGCGAAUCCUCCGAGUCAUCCGAUAACUACAGCGGUGGCUUCUGCUGCGGAACUAUUUUGUUAAGCGCGAACCUGCCGACGCGACUGGUAAACUCGUUGAAUGUGUAUGAAGUUGACGAUUCUUGACUACGUUGCGACCUUCUUCGCCGUGUACCCGUACUCUGGCCAAUAUUGGCUUGCCCUCACACCUCAAAAAUGCCGCCGCAGUCAGAGGAACAAGAAGACGCGACAGAUGAGGGAUGCGAAUGGGAGAAGCCAAUACAAGACCUUGAGGAAGAAGACGACAAUAUGCUGAUACACAUGGAGUGGGAUCGGUUGGAAGAGGAAUUUCUCCAGUAUCUUGAAACCGAAAGACCCACCAUCAAAGCAAUCGUUGCUCAACAUCUGAACUUAAAAGCACAUCAGACGUGCAGCGUUGCGAAAAGAUAUGAAUGGAUGGGAGGGACUUAUAACGUCUGUAUACCUGUCUUCAUCAGCAAUUGGCGUGCGCGGCGGGUUCUGAUUAGAUGCCCGUUCCCUCACAGGCUAGGUGGACUGCACAAGACUACGCUAAUGGAAGAGAAAUUACGCUGUGAGGCAGCUUCUUUUGCUUGGCUCUCUCGGAACUGCCCUCGUGUUCCCAUUCCACAUUUAUUUGGAUUUGGACUUCCAGGCGGCUUACAAUUUUCACCGCUCGAACACGCACCCUGGUAUCAGCGAGUCUCGACAUUUCUCCGAUGGUGCUGGGCACGGGCUUGUGGACGAUCUUACUUCCGUCCAUUCGCACCCCUUCAAAGCCGUGUUUCGCUCAAGAGUGGCUAUUUGUUGAUAGAAUGUUUUGAGAAGGAACGAGGUCAAACGCUCUCUGCGGUGGGGCACCCUCCCCCCGAACAUCGUCCAACACUUUUCCGGAGUUUGCGGAGGAUACUUCUCGACCUGGCGCGCCCUUUGUCCAAAAUUGGCUCCUUCACCGUCCACGACUCUGGAGAAGUGUGUCUCACCAAUCGACCAUUGACAAGGGGACUGGUUGUACUGGAAAAUGCAGGUGUUCCGACGAAAAUUCCCCAAAAUCAAACUUAUUCAUCUACCGAAUCGUACCUCCUUGACCUCAUCAACUGCCACGAUCAGCGAUUAAUACAUCAACCGAAUGCGGCCCGCAGUAAACUCGACCUGGAGGGUCAGAUGGCUACCAUUGUCGCUUUACGGGCAUUGUACUCGACGUUCAUGAGCACGCCAUUACAGCGAGAGCCGCCCAUUUUCCAAUUCACGGAUUUACACGAAGACAAUCUCUUUGUGGACGAAAACUAUUGUAUCACAGGAAUUGUAGACAUUGAGUUCAGCUGUGCUCUGCCCAGGGAAAUGCAACAUCCACCCUUCUGGCUCUCGGGGCACGAGCUCGACGAUCUUGAUGGAGAAGGCACACAAGAGAACGAAGAAAAGUUUGAGCGUGCCUGUGAAGAAUUCCUUCGGAUCCUCGAAGAGGAAGAUGAUGAUGAUGAUGGGGAAACAUUCCCAAUUUGUCCUCGUGACUAUGCUCAGGCAAUGAGAGACUCUCUUCGCAGAAAGCAGCACUGGUACUUGACCGCUGUCAAAAUCCCGCGGAUCGCGUACAAUAUUUUCGUCAAUAAAAUACAACCUCAAUUUGCGUUUUCCCAUUCAGAAGAGGAGGCCGGCAAGUUUCAGGACGUUAUGGCCAAAUACUGGAGAGUUGACACUGUGGCAUUUUUCGAGCAGAAACGCCAUGAAUGGAGCAACCAUCUCAGUCAGCUACGAUCUAUACAAAGCCCCUCAACAAGCACACCAGUAUGCGUACUUUUGCCUAUUUCUUAGUUCCGGCCUCCUUGUUGCGCGCGGCUUUGUUCUCUUGCCGUUUCUCCUCGGCCUCUGCGGAUGUUCUGUCCAGAAGUUGCUCUGUACCCUCUGGUUGGCGCUUGUUUUUUCAAUUCUGGUGGCGAUAGUCGCGGUCUGCUCUGACUUGCUAUCACCGGAGUAAGCUGACGAGGCGAUGGACUUGCUAUCAUCUGCCAUCUUCAGCAAGGUCAGAUGGCUAGCAAUGAUUGAGUAUGGUUCGUAGUAGUGUUAACUAAGUAAAGAUGGUAAAUAAAAAUCACGUCAAAAGUAAGA